AAUUAGCGUGGCUUAUCAAUAUUUUUUCCCACUCAGUUUCUCUCUCUGUGUCUCAGUUUCUUUCUAGAUGCCAAAAGCUCUGUUUCUGUUACAAUCGGAUAAUCUCAUAAUAUUUUUCUCCUUGCUCUGCUUCUUUGUGGUGUUCUGUUGUUUCUUUCUUGGAUUUAGCACUACUUUUCUUUCCCCGGAAACUCGAUUCCGUUUAUCAUUUUCCGUUAGAAAAGAAAAUUUAUGAUCUAGAUUCACACGCUAUCAAUUCCAUUAAUCUGCAAAUAUGGAUUUCUGUUGAAAACCAAGAAUCUGAUUUUUCUCAGACUUUCUCUCAUCAUUUCCUCAUUUUCUCUCUCAGCUUUUUCUUUCCUUUGAAAAUUUGCGUUAAACUAGGAAGGUUCUCUCUGGGGUAUUUUUCUUUUGCCCUUGAUUGAACGCGUUUUUCGUUGUGGGUUUUUUGAUUUAACUUGAAAUUAACGUUGUAUUUUGUGGUGUCUUAAGGGAAGUGGUUUCUUUGAUUUUGAACAACGUAGUCAUAGCAGAAGGAGGAGGGUAUUGAGUUUUCGUUAAGUUUAGAGCAAAGCAAACACAGAAACAAAACAUCCCAAAUUUAAACAAUCACUUUCUCUUAAAGGUUUCUUUUUUGACUUUCCCAGUCGAAAAUGAUGCCGGAAAUUUGUUUUUCCGGUGGCUUUGCUUUUUGACAACGUUGCCAUUUAUCAGCCAGGACUUCUUCUUGUAACAGAGGAAGAGAGAGAGACAUAUUUUUUGUUUUUUUUUUUUGUUUUUUGUUUUUAUUUAGCUGUCCAAACGUCAAAAAAUAUAAUUCUCUUGCAUUUCUGUUUCUCCUCGUCACUAUUUCUAUCUAAAGAGGAAAUCAAAUCCCGUCAAUCUCUCUCUCUCUCUCUCCCUCUCCCUCUCUCUCCCUCUCUCUGCCCCUUUUCGUUUCGUUUCGCCUCUUUUUCUUGCGCUUCCUCUGUUUUUUCUUUUCUGGGUUGGGAGGGAAACUGAAUUUCUCUCCUUUCUUUCUUUUUCUCCAUAUCUCUCUCUCCUUCUCUGUCCUCGAAACCAUGAUUUUUGAAAAGGGGUCAACACAAUCAAACCUCGACUGUUUCCUUCAUUGCACAACACCUGUAGUUCCAUCCCAAUUCCUCCCCAAGACAGAGAUUAGAAACUUAAACCGUCUAUGGCACCCAUGGGAGAGAGACACAGUUGACUAUUUUACCUUGGGUGACCUGUGGAAUUGUUUUGAUGAAUGGAGUGCAUAUGGGGCUGGAGUUCCUAUUAUCUUGAACAGUGGUGAAACAUUGGUCCAGUACUAUGUGCCUUAUCUCUCUGCAAUCCAAAUUUUCACUAGCAAUGCCUCUUUGAGCGGUUUCAGGGAAGAGAUCGAGUCAGGUGACGGUGAGACGAGGGAUUCAUUUAGCGAUUCAUGUAGUGAUGAGAGUGGGAGUGACAAGUUAUGGAGGUGGGAUGGAUGCUCUUCAGAGGAAGGAGGAUUCGAGCAAGACAAUCUUUGGCGUCUCAAUGAUAGAUUGGGUUACCUAUACUUUCAGUAUUUUGAGAGAUCAACUCCUUAUGGAAGAGUACCUUUGAUGGAUAAGAUUAAUGGAUUGGCUCAAAGAUACCCAGGUUUGAUGUCAUUGCGAAGUGUGGAUCUUUCACCAGCGAGUUGGAUGGCUGUUGCUUGGUACCCUAUUUAUCACAUUCCCAUGGGGAGAACCAUAAAGGAUUUAUCCACAUGCUUUCUCACGUACCACACCCUUUCUUCAUCUUUUCAAGAUAUGGACCUAGAUGAUGACAUUGAGAGUCCAGAAAAGAAGCAAAAGGAAGGGGAAAGCAUCUCCCUGCCCCCAUUUGGUUUGGCCACUUACAAGAUGCAGGGAAAUGUGUGGAUCUCAGGCAAUUGUGGGCAGGACCAAGAAAGACUGGUGUCACUUUUGAGCGUGGCAGACUCUUGGUUAAAGCAACUAAGGGUCCAGCACCAUGAUUUCAACUACUUCACGGGGAUUAGGCGUGGCUAAAAUCGCUAGUUUCAACAUUGCAAAUUCUAAAACCCAUGAGAAGAACUAAUCACUAAAAAUCUCCAUUUUAUUGGAAUUUUAACAUGGUGCUUAAGGGCCUUAUCUGUGAGGAUUGUAGCAUGCUAUCAAGCAUUGCCCAUACAGCUAAUCCUUGUAUGAGGUUUGAUCAUCAAAGAGGGCCUGUGAGAUAGAGCUGACCAUCUGUUUGUCUUUUUUUUUCUUUUUUUUUUUUUUUCCUGCUGAUCUUUGAAGUGGUUGAUGGAGCUUUCCUUUGUGUAGAGUUAUGGAAGAGAUAAUAGACAUUAGAGAAAAUGGUAGCUCUUCAAGUUUUAACCUUUUCAGGGUUGUGUAACAUUCUCUUUUGACUAUAAUGGAACCAUAGGAAAUGGGGAAACUGUUGCAUGUUGUCUUAUGUUUUUAAUGUGAUUCCCUUUCUGUAGUUGCCUAA